AUGAGCAAUUUGGAUACUAUUCAGGAAAGAUCUCUCAUAGGAAUCAUUGGAGAUGAGGAUUCAGUAACAGGGUUUCUUUUGGCAGGAAUAGGACAUAUUGAUAAUGAACAGAAGAAGAAUUUUCUAGUUGUUGGAACGGAAACAGAGACAUCAGUAAUUGAAACAUUUUUUGAAGAAUUGACAGAUUUACGUACAGAUAUUGGGAUCAUUUUAAUUAAUCAACAUAUAGCAGAUCGUAUUCGUCCUAAAAUUGAAGCAUACUCUCAAGUCUUACCAUCUUUGUUAGAAAUUCCAAGUAAAGAUCAUCCUUAUGACCUAGAGAAGGAUUUUAUUUUAAAAAAAGUUAGACGUUUAAUGAGUGAUGAAACAUAGCAAAUAAAAAAUUAAAAAAAUGAGUUAAGAAUGAUUAAAAAUUUGAAAUAGAAAAGAUAUGUUUG